UCGUUGCUAUGAUUAAAAUAUAAAAGGAAGGCAUAUUAAUACAGCAAUACUUAUUUUUUUUGGAAUUAGGAAGGCAUAUUAAUAUUAGACACGGCAAAUCCCCGUUUUUACUUUGAAGCAAAGUAUCCUACCGCCUUCUUCCAGCACUAGAAGCCCCACUGGCUUCGCGUAUACUUUAAGAAAUCGUGUAUAAAUACAACUCCAAUCCUCCUCUCCAGAUUCCACCCCAAAUUUCUCUCUAUGCGCUUCAAUCCUAUAUCAUGACCAACAUCCCCAAAUCCCUUACCGAUUCCGCUUUAACGCGCUUCAAACUAGCCAUCUCCGCCUCCGAUCCUUGGCCAUUCUCUCUCUUCUCCUCUUGAUCUCGACCCAUUUUUCCUUUUUCUGCUUCUUGUUCAAAUUGUACAUACCAAAUUCUUAAUUGAAAUGGGAAGCUGCGGCGGAGAUAAGACUGGUCACCUGAUCUUCCAUCUGCACAUGCCGCAGAUUCAUCUCCAUCACGGCCGGCGGGGCAUCCCCAAGGGAUGCGUGGCGAUUACGGUGGGGCAGGGCGCCGAGCAGCAGCGCUUUGUGAUCCCGGUGAUGUACGUCAACCACCCGCUCUUCACGGAGCUGCUCAAGGAGGCGGAGGAGGAGUACGGCUUCGAUCAGAAAGGCCCAAUCAAUAUCCCCUGCCACGUGGAGGAGUUUCGUCAGGUUAGGGGAUUGAUUGAUCAGGAUGCGACGUCGCACUCGCACCACCACAUCCAUCACCACCACCACCACCAUCACCAUCACCAUACACAUCACCACCAGUUUUUGUGCUUCGGAGCUUGAUCACUAUGUUUGGUGAUUAUAGUUAUGAAUUGAUUGUGAUUCUUCCUUCUAAUUCUUCUUGACUUAGGGUUUGAUCCAUAUGUAUUCGAAUUGAAGGUGUAUGCGUAUUACUGAUUUUUAUCAAACAAAAAUUGGUGUUGCUAAUCGAA